GCUUUUCUGGAGCUUUUGAUCGUAUCAUACAGUCUCAUUUGUCAUGGAGCAUUUGAAAACCUUUUGUCCAUGCUGGCACAAGGUGAAGAAGUAACUUAGGGCAGAUGACACAUCUGACCCAGCUGUCACUACAAACCUUUGACAGUCUGAAGUCUCUUUAACUGGCACAGCAGAACCAGCUCCAGUCCUUUGGCAUCUGGAUAUAUGAUUAAGUUAAAGCUGUAGAAACCUGCAGUCCCUGUCUCAUAUCCACCUGUUUCCACAAUUCAGGUAUCAUGAAUGGAUGAAGCAUCCUGAACUGCAGCAUCUGAGCGCCUCAGAGACAAUGACCCUGAAACAGGGGUACGACAUGCAGGGGAGCUGGAGGGAAGAUGAUGACAAGUGCACAUUCAUCAUCUUGGAUAAGCAGCGAUGGGCAGAUCCCAGUAUAGAAGAGGAGCAGUGCAUGGUGGGAGAUGUCAACAUGUUCCUGACAGAGCCAACAGACCUCUCCUUGGCUGAGCUGGAGAUCAUGAUAGCAGAGCCCAGUUACAGAGGCAUGUACACUGGGAAGGAGGUGACACGCACGAUGAUGCGCUACAGUGAGCACCUGAUCCCAUCUUUCAGAAGGUUUUGAGCAGGAAGACACAAACUUAAAGUCACUGUGUAGAAGUUGAAAAUUUCCACACCUCUUGAUUUACUGCCCAUUUUUCUGCAAUGCAUUCUUGUGCUGUGUUCAUCAUUAGUUGGAGAAUCAACCUGUGAUGGAGCAGGAAAAAUACUAAAUGCAAAAGUGCCAUGGGAAUGCAGACAGCAGCAGAUGAGAUUGAUGCAGGUGUAUGGUUUGUUGUAAAACGACUUGCAGAAUAAACAGCUUUUAAAAAGUAUAUUUUGCGUUUGUCAGCGUUUACUUGGCCCUUGCAUGGGGAUAUGUAC